GUCAACAACAGUUGAUUUGGAUGAAGGAGCAUGUAAGUUUCCAUGGUUAGUCCUCCUUUAUCAAGUGAGAUUAGUCACGGCCAGCUGCUCUGCUCUACUGAUGACCAAAGAAAUGUCAUCCGUUGUUGUGUUGUUGUUAUCGUGCCUGUGCUUGUUCAUCACCACGCUCUACACCAUUUCCCUUGGAGUAGCACGUGGAAUUGAAUACUUGCAUAAUGGGUGUGACAUGAAAAUUCUGCACUUUGACAUCAAGCCUCACAAUAUUCUUUUGGAUGAGAACUUCAACCCAAAAGUCUCUGAUUUUGGACUUGCAAGGCUAUCUCCCACUGAUAAAAGCAUUGUGUCUCUGACUGCAGCAAGAGGAACCAUAGGGUACAUGGCUCCUGAGCUUUUCUACAGAAAUGUUGGCGCAAUCUCAUACAAAGCCGAUGUCUAUAGCUUUGGGAUGUUGUUAAUGGAGAUGGCUAGUAGAAGGAAGAAUUUGAAUGCACAGACUGAAAAUUCCAGCCAAAUAUAUUUUCCCUUCUGGGUUUAUGAUGAAUUGCAGGAUGGAAGGGAAAUAACAAUAGAAAAUGACACAGAUGAAGAGAUGAAGUUGGCAAAAAGAAUGAUGAUUGUGGCAUUGUGGUGUAUACAAACAAGGCCUAAUGAUCGACCUUCAAUGAAGAGAGUUGUGGAGAUGCUAGAACAAGAUGAUGACUUAGAAAUGCCUCCAAAACCGUACUUCUACCCACUUGAUGCACUCACAGAAGAGAAUGUUGAAGAUACUACAACUCAUAACAGUUCAAAGUUAUCCUUUGGUGACAUCUCUUCAGUUAGUGAUUCAAAGGAAUAGAAAUAAUCUGUCUGGACUCUACUUUGAUAUAAUGUUGCAUGCUCUGGAUCUAGCUAGCUUAUGUCUUUGGCUAUGUUGUGUAUAUUAGUAUUUCUGAUGUAUAUGAUGACAAUAAAUUCAACCAACUUUUUUUA